ACGCAGAAGUCACUCUCCAUGACAGCAAGGAGACCAGAGCAACAAUGAAGUCUCUCCGAUUCAUUAGUGCCGAAGCAUUCGUGUCAAAUGCAGAAUUUGCCAGGAAGAGUCUCCGCGGUGUUGCCCAUAAUCUUUUUCCUCUUCUUUUUAAAGCCAGCUAUUUACUGGAGCAAGGGGAAGUGAUUCAUGACUUGGUAGAGAACUGGCCACUUGUUGACUUUAACAUGGGAAAACUCUUGGGAACUACUGUGGACUGCCAGGAAGACCUGAGCCAUAGAACAUGCUCAGUGUGCUUGGAAAGCUGUCUGACAGGGCUGAGAGACUAUGUGCUGAAUCAUCCCUCUCCCUACGUGAAAAGACUGAAAGUGGUCGACCUGACCGGUAUAAAAGAUGUUGAAUUUCAGUUUUGUGAGUGUAAGAAGACAAUGGGCAGGUGGGCCAGGACCCAGCUGCUCUCUAAGCUUUGUUUAGAACUGCUGGUUUACCUGCAACAAACACAGUGCAAUCCAGGUACCUUUGAAAUCAGUAUUGAUGUGCUAAUUGACUUGUUUGUUACAGAGCGGAACUAUGAGCUGGUAGCGCAGGCCCUGUUGAAGAAAUGCUAUUGCCCACUGAAGAUCUGCUGCGUGGCAUUCAGAUCUGACAACCUGGCUUUGCAGAAAUUCUUCUAUAUCAUAAAGCUCACUGAUCCCUCGCUGCUGCGCAAACUGGAAAUAGUUCACAAUGUUCGCUUGGAAAUGGAGCACUUGGAAAUACUCUUCAACAGUAUGCACUUCCCUCUACUGAUGUCCUUGACCUUGCCAGCGCGAACAUUUAACGUGCGGAGGUUCACAGCUACAGAUGAACGGAUGCUUACUAACAUUGGAGAAAAGAUGGGUGAAAUGACGCAGCUCACCGAGCUGAGUAUUUCAUUUUCUAUACUCACAGGAAGAAUACAGAAGCUGCUCAGCCCACUAAAAACUCCACUGAAGAUGCUGGAUGUUUCUAACUGCUCACUGAACCAUGCUGAUAUGGCCUAUUUAGCCAAUAGCUUCCAUGCUAAUCACUUAGAAGCCCUGGACCUGAGUGGUCACAAUAUACCUGACCUUUACCCAUCAAUAUUCUUUAAGCUUCUCAGCCAUUCCUCUUCAGUGCUUAGGAGUCUUACCCUGGAGGACUGUAACAUCCAAGACAAUCAUGUCAACAUGUUGAUUUUAGCCUUAAGCCCUUGUCAGAAACUACAGGAGUUUAAGUUUCUUGGAAACCCACUGUCAUCCCAGGCACUUAAACGCCUUUUCACAUUUCUCUGUGAGUUGCCAAUGCUGAAAAAUGUGGAGUUCCCAGUUCCAAGGGACUGCUACCCUGUUGGCAUCACCUACCCAAUUGACGAUGCCAGUCUUUGCAGGUUUGAUCACCAAAAAUAUGAAAGUGUAGCAGAGGAGCUUAACCUCAUUUUACUCCAAGCAAAUAGGGAGGAUGUGAAGGCUUCAACUCCGCUCUUUGGCAGUUACGACGCAGCUGUUCAGGAGACAAACAAUGAACUGGGAGCUUACUUGAUCAAGUCCUUCAAAGAGACUUUAGAAAAGUUCACUACUUCUCUUAACAAAAUGAGUUAAAGGUGUAACUUAGUGGCGAUGAGAUGCUCUGUCAAAUCAGAAAUUAAUUUAGUCUUUUCUAGAACUGCGCCUUCAUUGAUCAGUCUUGAGUUUUCUUUAAUUUCUCGGCUGAAUUUACUUCUAUUUGAAUAGCCUCUGCUCAGCUGAGGUAUUUUAACUAUGCUCUAUCUAUUGCAUACAACUUUCAUAAGCAUUACUUGUUCUCAAAAGAGGGGAGGACCCUUAAUAGCUUAUUAUUUUACAGAAAAGCAUUUUGUUUCUUAUUAAAACAAUAGGUAUCUAAGCUUGGCUGAUUUCUUACAUAGUUUCUUCUGGAUUUGGCAGCGAGGCUUGUAGCCCUACAGAAAAGACAGUAAAGUCCUUUCCCACGUCCAGCAGGGUGUCCCAAAGAUUGUGCACCUAUCCUCACCUAUGGGUCCCUAAACCAAUUUUUGGUUUUGCCCUUGGCCUUCCAAAUUCACCAGUCUGUUUUAUCCUGUAUAUUCCCAAUAGUGGGGGUUGUAUAACAGCCUCCACGUCCCCUUGCCUCCCUUUUUUCUGCAGAGGCAAGCACGAUAAACCUCCUUUUGCGUGGGGAAUUACAGAGUUUGGCUAAUAUGUUGUGCUGGUGAGGAGUAAAGUUCCACACUGAGGAGGCAGCAAACCAAAUGGUUGGCUGACAGCAGGGGAUUUCUCCCCACUUGCCCCAACAACACAAAGCAGCCCGUGAGGACUCUGCUGAAGCUCUUGCAAAGUGUAUUUUACAAAGGCGUACCAGGACAGUGCUGCACAGCCACGCUCGUGAUGGCAGCAGGUAAGUGCCUCAAGCUGCUCCCUUUGUUGAAUCAGCUUCUUGGCUGGUAGAAUGUACCCUGCUGCUUUCAGCUGAUUUAAAGAAAGCCUAGGACAGUGGUAAUAAUGCAAAAAAGACUAGUGUUGAAAAAUGAAUUGUUGCUCAGUAACUAGAAGUUCACCUGCAGAAAAUACUGCUCACUUCUGCCAGGACUGUGUAUUGUAGCUACAGAGCUACAACCAGUGCCUGGAAGAAUCCCAUUUAUUUGGCAAGCUCCAGUGCAAGAAAUGUAUUUGAGUGACAGAGUAACCAGAAUCACAGACCCCCACACACACUGUUUUGGAAUGUGGGUAAAGGGGCCAACAGGGUGUCCGGAUGCAGCAGUAGGGUCACAAACCAAAUCUGGGGAGACUACUGUAAUGGGGGAGGAAUCCCUGGGUAGUAGGCAAGUGUCACAGCUUCUCAUCACUCUGCCAUUAAAUAUACUUUAACGGUUCAUGAAAACUUGAUUAAACAGCACUGAAAGUGAAUGUUGUAGGAGGAGUUGAGGUAUCAUUGUAGUAUGAAAGAUCAUUAACAAAGGCAGCUUACUUGAAAAAAUACUGGAUCUCAUCAUCUGAGAGUAAGGAAGAAACUUUCUUCAUUUAGGCAGUGCAGGUUUGUGAAGCUUUCUGUUUAUCCAGAAUAAGAAUAUGCAAGCAGCUACUAGCCUAGUUUACAAAAAAAAAAAAUUAAUGGACUGAGUACUAAGCAGAGCUUACAGGUUCCACAGCAUGCAUUUAAAUGAUUUUUUGAUGUCGUCUUAGUUUAUGUUCUUCCUUCUGACAUGUUUUACUGAUUAAACAUACGAUGGUAAAAUUGAAAGUGAAUGGACAUGACCUGUUUAUGUUUACAGAGCACUGAAAAAAAAAUAGAAGUAAUCUAAGUUGCCAAGCCAAGCAGCUGUGAUUUAGAAAACGCCAGAAUUGGGUUCUAUAUGGUCUUGCUUAUAUUUGGACAGCCUUUCAAAUGCUCCCUUGCUCUUGCCUCUACUCUUUAACUUUCCCUCCCUCUGACCUUGCCAUUCUUUCCGUCCUAGACUUGACCCAUGACUUCUCAGCCAGACGUAAGUGGUUUGAAUUUGGCUAGGGCAAGGAUCUACUCCUUUGGGAUGAGCAGUGGCAGUUCCUGUUGCUGGGAGAGGACAUUCCGUGUACAGUGGCUGCAAACCUUUGUGUAGUGAUUCCUCCACCGUGGCAGCAGGGCCAGCUAACAGGUUGUACCUGGAGGUGAAGGUUGGCCGUUUUGGAAGCAUGUUGUGCUACAACAGCCAGCCCCUGCCUGUUUCAGUACACACAGAAUAGGCAGCUUGUUCAUAGAUCCGCUUUUCUUUCAGAAUAUUUAAAUGCCUUAUGAAGACUGCUGCCUAUGCAGCUAAUCUUUCUGCUUUCUCCUCGCCUAAAGCCAGUCCUGGUCCACCCCUUUAUUUUAUUUCCUCCUUCUUUUGCUUCCCACAAACGCCUGCCUGUCUUCCAUUUUCAGUCUUACAUCCAUAUGACGUCUAUUUUAGUUUUAGUGCCCAGUGAGGAUCAGCACUAUGUCUAUGUCAAAUAUUCCCUUUGAGCCUGGAGUAUGGCGUGCAUUGCAUUAUAGAAGUGGUGCGCACACAUCCCUUCAUGCGGAAUAGCUGUGAAUGACUGACAAACAGUUGGAGCACAUGGAUCCAUGUGCAGAAAGGAUUUGGAUCCUGUUCCUGAGAAGCCAACUGUUCUGCAGAAGCACGCAGACAUUUUCAAAGUUUUGUGAUCUUCUAAAAUGCAUUUUGAUAGGAUUGAAGCAAAAGUUUUAUUGUUUACAGUUGCAUGUUAAAAUUUUAUUGCAUGAAAUAUAGUAUUAACUAAAAUGCAGGACAGGUAUAUCAGUACUUUGAAUAGUAUUGAAUCUAAAAGGCUGAACCGAGAUAAAACACCGCUAGUAUAUGACAACAGUUUUUUACUGACACAAAACUAUAUUUACCUCAGAAAUUCUUAGGAGAAAAUGUCAUAUUUUGGGCAUGGAGAGAUUUGUACCCUUUUGGAAUGGAAUCGGGUAUUUUUUCUCUUUUAAGUCACCCAAUUUCCAACUUUAGAGCCAACUUGUUCCAAGUUCUAUAGAACUUCAGACCAGCUGCAUGCAAUUACCUUUGCUGUGGUAUGAGUUGCUCCUUUGUGAAAAUCCUGUCCUUAGCUCUCAGAUAUCCUACCUUUGUCUCUUGAGUUUCUGUCCUAGUUUUGGUUGUUAUUGUUGGUUUUAAAUACAGGCCAAGCUGUAGCAUUUUGGUGUUGCCCUGGCUUACUGCAACAAGGGUGUGUGCCAUCUCUCAGAAGGAUUCCUGCAUCUCUUCUGCCCCAGCAGUGCUGAUUAUGGGUUGGGGCUGCUCGCUCUUCCUUUUUCCAUGUGUGUGGGACAUGCCAUUCUGCUAUUAGAGAAGAAGGACUAAUGCUACAACUACAUAAGCAUAUAAAGUUACCUUCUACUUUGCAAGUGCAGCCAGAUACUGAUUUAACCCUGCCUUGUGUUCCCUAUCUUUCCAAUUUGUAUCAGGCUGGAGCUAUGCAGUUGAUAGUGCCAGCUAUGGCUAUUUAAAACCAUGGACCAGAAUCAAAAUGCUCUAAGAUUUUGAAGUAAAUUUAACUUCAUUUUAUCUUUUA